GACUCGGGGAGCUGGCGUCGGCUGAACAGCCAACUGGAGACGAGGAGCUGGAGUCGCCGGUAUGUCUGGACAGGACUCGGGGAGCUGGCGUUGGUCGGAACUACGCCGACAGGAUCGGGGAGCUGGCGUUGGCCGGUAAGCCAGUCCUGGAGCCGAAACUGGAGUCGGAACCAUGGGUACUGGGGCCGGUACUGAAGCCAGAACCAUGGCUGUAAGGUCCGGUUCUGGAGCCGGAAACAUGGCUGUAAGGUCCGGUUCUGGAGCCGGAAACAUGACUGCUGGGGCCGGCACUGGAGCCGGAAACAUGGCUGUAUGGUCCGGUUCUGGAGCCGGAAACAUGGCUGUAAGGUCCGGAGCUAAGCAGGGGCCAUGGCUGCUGGGCCGGCACUGGAGCCGGAACCAUGGGCUGCUGGGCGCGGAGCGGAAGCCUGGACCCUGGCUGUGUAAGCCAGGUAAUGGAGUAUGGAAGCAUGGAUGCGUGGGCCGGCACUGGAGCAUGGAGGCAUGGACUCGUGGGCCGGUUCUGGAGCAGGGACCAUGGCGGCACUGGAGCCGGAACCAUGACUGCUGGGCAAGGAACCGGAACACGGGUCCAUGGCUAUGUGGGAUGGUACUGGAGCACGGAACCAUGGCUGCUGGGUCCGGCGCUGGAGCCGGAACCAUGGCUGUUGGGCGCGGAACCCUGGCCUUGCGUCUCUUAGGAGUUUUUUGGAGGCUUCGUGGACCUCCAAACGCCAGACCAGACCCCAAGAAAGGGUCAGAAAAUGAGGACUGGCUCUCAGGGCUACGUGAAAAAAUCCUAAGCCACUCGGGCAACAAGCUCCAGAGCCAGGGCUUGCGAGCAACCUCCUGACGUGCCUCCUUCAACGCAGCCUCUCUACCCCGUCUAGAUGAG